GUAAUUUGGAAGGCAUGCUCCAACAAAGGUUAUGAGCAUGCAAGGUCCAGAAAUCUCUUUAAGCUCCCUUGUCGCUCAACGCUCCAGAAAUAUUUAGGCCAUUAAACAGGUGAAAUCGGCGUCACUUCGUUGAUAAAGGAGCGGCUGUGCAUCGAAUUCAAGGGUCUCACUGUAGAGCAAGAAGCGUUCUGCUCCCUGAUCAUUGACGAGAUGGCCAUACAGCAGAGGGUCAUAUACGACCGACAAGUCGACAAACUUUUUGGUCUCGUUGACCGUGGUGAAGAAGAGCACUCAACAGCGGUACCCCAAGUGGCAAACCGAUUACUAUGUUUUGUAAUAAGAGGCUUGUCAACAUCAUAUAUUAUUCCUGUCGGAUAUUUUUUCACGAGAUGUCUGAAAGGUGACCAGCUGUUCUCUAUGACCAUGGAAGUGCUGAAAGUGGUUGAGCACGUGGGAUUUCGUGUAGUGAGGAUUGUAACCGAUAACCAUCAGACGAACGUAGCACUUUUCAAACGCCUUAACGAAGAUGGCACACUUUAUCACGCAGUGCAGCACCCUCUGCGAGAAGGUGCUCCUCUCUGUCUGUCAUUUGAUCCAAAUCACUUGAUAAAGAACAUCCGGACUAACUUUCUGGAGAGAGAGCUAACAGAUGGCAAAGAAGCAAUACGAGGAGGCACGUAUCUGAAAAAACUGCUCGAGAUUCAAGCUCAUCUGCUGGUAAAGCCAGUUAGGUUUCUCACGAGGUCUCACGUAGAGCCCAACAACCUAGAAAAAAUGAAAGUCAGCAGGGCAACACAAGUUUUCUCAGACGUUGUAAUUGGGACACUCAAGUAUCUUCAGGAACAUCCCCAGUGCCAUCCAGAUGCAGAGGAAUUUCAGGAAUGUUCUGCCACCAUUGAAUUUAUGAAAAUGGUGGCAAAAUGGUAUGCCCUUCAUGACAUUGGCAGUGUCAGGGCGCACGGACCAUACUCGAAAUUCGAAGCACCAAACGAGGAGCCCUUCAUGACAACAAACGAUGAACGGCUGUCAUGGCUUGAAGUAGAUUUUAUUUCCUACUUAGAGGAAGUGCAACGUUCUGGCUCCAAGUCGAGAAACAGAAUGACAAAAGAAACGUACGAGGCAACAGUUAUGACAACACGGUCAACAGUCGCCCUGAUCGAGUAUCUCCUUGACCACGUGAAGUGAGUGCCGUCUUCAAUCCUUAUUUACAUUUCUAAAACAUUGUUUUCAGUGAAAUUUAAUUUUUGAUUAUUCUGACUUCUUCCGCAGCUUCCGCCACGUUCUGACCCGAGGCUUGAACAGCGACCCCGUCGAAUCGCUCUUCAGCUGCUUCAGGCAGUACAAUGAUGGCAAUGAUAGAGUCGACGCCCGUGCAGCGGUGUUUACAGCAGAGAAGCUUCUAAAGGUUGGAAUACUGCAAGCUGCAAAGAAUGGGAACGCCCCCGUUAGUUCAGAGGCUAACGCACCCAUUAAGAUGGCUGUAAAGAAUCAAGGACCUCCUCCCAUUCCAUCUGGUCUUCUCCUUGUUGCGAGAGAGCUGGUCAGUGAACUGGAAUUCCUGAGUAGUUGGUCUGACACGCGAGCUGACAUAGAACCAGCUCCAAUUGCCUAUUUGGCUGGGUACCUCGUACGCGUGCCUGUGAAGAAAAGGUAAGGGUUUCUUUUUCUGCAUAAUAAAAUAACUUGAUGUGUGUCUAUAACUAGCCGUUUUUUUCCACACAUGGUUAUCGAAAAAAAUAACAUAUCCGCUUUAGAAUACGUGUGUCACAAAUGAGCGCUCAGUUAAGAGCGCGUCGCUGAUUUCAAACGGUGGCGUGAAAUCCAGGCGCCGGUCUGUCGCGACAGAGCGGGCGCAACGAAAAAACCAAGCAUCAAAAGGCGCCGCGAGUGCGCCUCCUCUCCCCCUCGAAACGGCCGCCGCCAACAAGCGCUCUCGGAUCUAGCGCCGGGCGAUGUCUAGAAACACACAGGGAAACAUGAUGGAAAUUGUCUGCGCUUUCGUGGUGCGUAUCGGGAGGUCGGUACGUCAGCCCUUGGAAUCUGCCCGGCGAUUGCCUCCUGUUAUCGGGAUCAGUGACAACGUGCUGUUAUAUCAGUACAGAAGAUGGCAGUUUCGACUAGUCG